AUGCCGUCCGACAGCAGCAUCGACAGCUGGCAGGGCGGCGGAAGCGGGCUCAUCCACGGCCUCGCGCCUGCUUCUGCUAAUUAUCCCGGCGCUGCUGCUUCUCCCGGCGCUGCUGGUGUUGGUGCUGGUGGUGGUUUUGGUGCCGCGGGCGGUGGUGGGGCGGGGUAUGGUGUGCCGCCCUUCUCCCCCCACGCGCUCUCAGCGCUCUCCAGCAGCCGCUCAGGCAAUUUCUCAGGAGCGCUCUCUGACGCCGGCGGCAGUCCCUUCGGGUCAGCGCCUCAUGGGGCGUUUGCUGCUGCGCCCUCUGCAUGGUCAGGGGGAGCAGCAGGAGCAGCAGGAGCAGGAGCAGGAGCAGGAGCGACAGCGGGAAUGGUGGGAGGGGGUGAGAGUGGUGGCAGUCUGCUGCGCCUGGCACCGAAUGAGCUGAUGGCUGCUCUCAUGCAGCAGCAACCAGGAGGAAUGUUGCAGCCCAGCCCGCUACAACCCAGCUUGCUGCAGCCCGGUUUACUCCAGCCCAAUCAGCUGCAGCCGAGCUUGCUCCAACCGAACCUGCUACAGCCGGGCCUGUUACAACCGAGCCUGUUACAACCAAGUCUGCUACAGGCGUUGCAGCCCGGGCCUAGCUCCCUCCCUGCUUCUGCUGCUGCACCACCAGCUGCACCCAACACUUCUUCUGCCGAGCCUGCUGUAUCUGGUUUGGGCGCAGCCAUACCUGCAGGCACGGAAGCUAACACUUAUACCUAUCUAGCUGGGAACCGAGAGGAGGAAGAUCAGGCAGGGAGAGAUGCUGACGUGGACUCUGUGGAUGAUGACAGGGAUGAUGAGUCACAGGACGAAGGAGCUGAGUCAGAAAUUGAGGGAGAACGAGUGGACGGGUUCCGAGCCACGAUUAGGGCGAAAGCAGGGUUAGGUUCGGCAUGGGGCUUAGAGGAUGAGAUUGAUAACGAGGCUCUGGUGGCGGCUAUUGAGGAUGGGCUUUUGGCGUUCAGACAGGAUAAGAGUGAGAACGCGAGUGAGAGCUGCUCUGUGCUGCUAGACGCGCUGUUAGACAUCUGCGAGUCCACCUUCGGCUUCAUUGCUUCCAACUUCUGCAUGCCCCACGGCGACCCCUGCCUCAAGACCCAUGCCAUAACAAACAUUCUCUGGACCGACAAGCUAAGGACGUGGUUCGCCGGCCACUCGGCGGCCGGCCUUGUCUUCACAGAUGUGGACGAAACGGGCCUGUUCGGCCGGGCGGCGCUGAGGGGCGAGGCGGUGUGGAGCGACGACCCGCCAGCUGGCAGCCUGCCCAAGGGCCAUCCACGUGUCAACACCGCAUUCGCCAUGCCUCUCAUCUGCGGCACGGCCAUAGUGGGCGUGGCGGUGGUGGCGAAUCGCAUAGGCGGGUACAGCCUGGGGCUGCUGCGUGCCGUGCAGCCACUGCUCUCCCUCAUCGCCUCGCUGCUCUUCUGCCUGCACUGGCGCAACGACGGUGGCAGGGACCUCAGGAGACGCGUCGUCAGCCUUGCUCAGGACGGGCGCAUAGAGGUGAACAGCAAGGGGCGCAUCACAUGCAUGGAUGCUACUGCCUGCGCCAUCUUCGGCAUCAACCCCCUCACUGCCGCCCUCAUGGCUGCUGCACCCGCCACGUCAGCAACGGACAUUGCCAGCGAGGCAGACGGAGCAGCGAAUUCUGCAGAAGGAGAGGGAGCAGCCGCGUCAGCAAUGGCACUUGGGGCGGUGUGCCCGCCCCUUGGCCAGCUGUCAGUUGCUGAUUUGUUCGCUCGGAUCGGGGACCAGCCAGUCACAGCAGAGGUUGACGUGGAAGCCAUUGCACAGCAGCUGCAGGCGCCCCAUCCAGCAGUGGGCAAGCAGCAAGGGGGCGCGCACAUUCUGCUGCAGGUCAACCUCUGCCCUCAUGCUCCUGCUGCUGGCAGCGGCAGCAGCAGCAGCAGCAGCAGUGAGAGCAGGGUGCACAGGGCAGUGGUGCGGCUGCUGGCUCGCUCAGAGUGA